UUUUUACGAUAAACUUCUGGGUAAUUGUGGUGAUGGACAAGAUAUUGGUGAAAAUUGUUCAGUAUUACCUUGUAAAGAAGGUUUACAUUGUACAAACAUUGAUGGUAGACCUACUUGUGUUUAA